AUGAGUGACCCAAAGUUCCAAACUACAAGGUCAGCAUCAGUGAAUUGUGAACGAUCAUUGGUGGUCGCAUCGUUUAUUUCCUAUCUCAACUCCACCUUUGCCAUCCGUGAUCUUGGACGAUUGAAUUAUUUCCUUGGAGUUGAGGUUAUUCACAACGAAACCAUGUUGCAUCUCAAUCAGCACAAAUAUAUCCAGGAUAUUCUCACACCUACCAAUAUGCUGGAUUCCAAGCCAGCAGGCAUGCCUGGAAUGCUUGGCAAAACCCUUUCGCAACAUGAUGGUGCUCUCUUCUUGGAUACCAAAUUAUACUGUAGCACUAUUGGUGCUUUUCAGUAUGUCACUCUCACCCGACCUGAUAUUGCAUUUGUUGUUAAGAAUGCUUGCCAAUUCAUGGCUAAUCCCACUGAAGUUCAUUGGCUUACCGUUAAGAGGAUCCUUCGUUAUUUAAAAGGUACCUCCACUUAUGGUCUCCAGCUGCACCAACACAAUCGCCUUAUCUUCAAGGUUAUAUAG